GUCAUCAUCAUAUCGUCAUCAUCAUCUAUAAAUGACGCCAGCAGCUGUUGAGGAUGGGCGUGAAAAAUGCGGCAGCGUCUACACUUGGAACUGUGCUGGCGAACUCUAUGGCAUCGAGUGUGAGCUGUGCGAGGAGCGACCCCUUUGUGCACUCGAUGAGUUCGCCGAGCAUAUGGAGCUGUGGCACUCCGACUGGCAACAGGCACCGGAGGAUGAGCUCAUGCAGGAGGUCCUCGCCGAACAGUCCAGCAGCAACUGCGAGGUCAAUGAACUCAAACAGCAGCUGGUUCAAGAGCUCAACUCGCUCGAUAAACAGCUACAACAGCCACAACAGCCACAGCAGCAACCACAGCAGCAACCACAACCACAGCAGCAACCACAGCUGAUGGACACAUUUCAACUGAACGAUCAAGUUCAGUUCACUGCGGAUAGUGGCCUGCCCAGUGUGGAAACGGCAGCGAAGUUGACGACGGAGCAUGUGCAGCAGCUGAUUGAGCUAUAUCGAUCGCAUCCCCGUCUGUGGGAUCAAUCGCAUCCAGAGUUUCGGGACGUGGAGCAGUGUCGCUACUCGUGGCGCCAGAUAACGGAUGCGUGGAGUGCUCACUGUGGACGUGGCUUCAGUGUGACCGAUGUGCGCAUCCGGAUCUCAACGCUGUGCCAGCGAUUCCUCAAGCAGCGUGAACGCAUCGAUGCCGAGGGUGAUCUCGAUGAGGGCGCCAAAUUCGUCCAUUACGAUCAGUUGCGCUUCCUCUGUGAGCAGCAGGCGCUGCUCAAGCGCCAGGAGCACUUUGCCCGCGAGAAUCGCAAACUGCUCGAGAUCUACGAGCAUUAUCCAAUACUCUGGCACAAUGCCCACAAGAGAUUGCGCUGCGCCGCAACGGUGAAGAGGCGCCACGAGGCACAUCGUGGCCUCCAGCUGGCGUUGCGUAUGUGCGGCAUCAAUCUGUCCGGCUUGGCGAUGCAGCGGCGACUCCAGUCGCUGAGGAAACGCUAUCGCCUAGAGAAGAUACGCUAUUUGCACAGUGUCGUCGAGGGCAAACAAUCGGAAUUUGUGUCCAUCUUUGAGCAUUAUGCCGAAAUGGAGUUUCUGCACAAGCACAUCGAUCCCUAUGUCUGUGCUGGCUGCGGCAAGAUCUUUGAGAAUCUGAUCGGUCAUCAGGCGCAUGUGCAGGAUAGCUGUGAGGAGCAAUCACUGUCUGCCGCCGACUGCAAACAGUUGACCGAAUCGGAGGCGACGCUGGGCGAGCUUAUGGUGCAGCUCGAGCAGCACGAAUUACAGCAGCAGCAGCAACAGCAACAGCAGCAACCGCAACACCAGCAACAGUCUGCCGGAGAAGAACCCGAGCAGCUGCAGAUAGUGGAGCGAGUGGAACAGCAGCAGCAGCAGCUGGUGGCAGCGGCAACUACAACUGAGCUAGCCACGCCACUGCUACAUAGUCUAGCAGAACAGGAGAAUGCGCAGCAGGCGGAGAUUGAGCAAUAUCCUGACAAGGAAGAUCCGCACGGCAAAGAGUCCUUCUCCGAGGAUAGCCUGUCGACGGGUGGACAGCUACGGAUGCGCCUCAGUCUGGAGCUGACCAAUAAACUGAUUGAGCUCUAUCAAUCGCAUCCAAAUCUCUGGGAUCCCAAUCAUCUGGACUAUCAUGCGAGGAAACAGCGACGCCAGGCCUGGCACAACAUUGCCGCCCAGCUGAACACAUUCGCCGGCUGUCCGGAUCGCUUCAGCUGGCAGAUGUUGCAUCGCAAGCUCACCGAUUAUGUCAAGUACUAUCGACGCGAACGCCAGCGAGAGGAACUGGCGGUUGGAGGUGGUGGCGAGGGCACACGUUGGGGCUUCUACGAGGCGUUCAGCUUUAUGGACGAUGUGGUGCCCAUAAAUCGUGUGCUGCAAAAAUCGUUGCAGCAGCGCGACAGCAAUCUGAAGAUCAUCCAGGUGUAUCAGAGCUACGAGCAGCUGUGGUGCACCACACAUCCGGAUUAUACGAAACGUAAGCAGCGCUUGCGUCACCUGGAAUCGCUGUGCACCCGCCUGCAGGAGGAAUGCAAUCUGCAGAUAACCGUUGAGCGUUUGAAGAGUCGUCUGAUCGAGUUUCGCUGCCAGUAUCGUCAGUGCAAGGAGGCACGCCAGGCGGCGCUGCAGCGCAACAAUGCCAACUGGCAGCCGACCUAUGAGUAUUAUGCGGCGUUGCAGUUUCUCGAACUGCACGUGUCGCCAUUCAACUGCGAACGUUGCACGGCGAGCUUUAAGCGGCGCAGCGAUUAUCUGCGGCAUCAGCGCAACGUUCACUUGGACCAGCAGCUGAAUGAGAUGCAGCCGUUGCAGCGACGCCGUCGCAUGCGGCGUGGCACGAAUGCGACAAAUCCGCUGGAGCACAUCUGUCACAUUUGCGCAAUGAAAUUCUCGUUGCGCACCAGCCUCCAGGCGCAUCUGCGUCGCCAUUUGGGUCAGCGGACACACUGUUGCACCGACUGCCCCAAGAAGUUCUUCAAUUCGACAUCGUUGCGGGUGCAUCAGCGCAGCCAUACCAAAGAGCUGCCGUAUGUGUGCGAGCAUUGUGCCCGGGGCUUUGUCAACGCCAGCAAACUGAAUCAGCAUGUUAAGCGGCACACGGAGAAACGGGAUUAUCCGUGCACGCGCUGCGACAAGGCGUUCUACACGGCCCACGAGCGAGAUCGCCACUUGCGCGCCCAUCUAAACAUUAGGGACAAGGUGUGUCCGUAUUGCAGUCGGGCCUUUGUCGUUGGCAGCGCCUAUUAUGCCCAUCUUAAUUUGCAUCGGGGCGAGAAGCGUUAUGGUUGUGCUGCAUGUGGCAAGCGAUUCGCUCAAUAUGCGGGUCUCUAUAAGCAUCGCAAGCGCUGCACAAUCGCCCAGCUGCAGGAGAAGUGAAUACACUCACACUCACACUCACACUCACUCACUCACUCAGAAAACACCCACAUUUUAUUCACGUGUAGUUAGUGCAAUUUUGUUGUUAUUUCUAAUUGAUAGUGUUCAUUUUAGUACUCAUUUCAGGCAUUCAUUUGAAA